AUGCAACAAAUCGAAAGACAUAAGAAACUUAUCUGUACUCUCUCAAAUCUGAAGAAUCAAAGCCAAACCAUUCAAAAGAAGAAAUCCGAAGCUGUAACCAGAAGAAAAAGUGAAAGAAAUUUUAAACAUGAAGCUCAACCGUUUAACAAUGAUGAUACCAAGAUGACAAUUAUGACACCAACGAAGAUGCCAAUGAAGACAUCAAUGGCAACACCAACUACAACACCAAUGAUGAAGUGA